ACUUUGUGUAACUCUUAUGCUAUGUUUGGUUGGAGAGGAAAAUGGCAAACAAGUCUGACUUUAGUGAACGCAGAGCAUUUGAUGAAACAAAAGCUGGAGUGAAAGGCCUUGUUGAUGCAGGGGUUAAGAAAAUCCCUACCUUAUUCCAUCAUCAACCUGACAAAUUUGAUAAGGCCACAAAUUUAGGAAACCAUGUUAUUCCAGUCAUAGACCUUGCAAAUAUUGAUAAGGGUCCAAGUCUGCGCCAAGAUAUUGUUCACAUGCUUAGGGAAGCAUCUGAAACAUGGGGUUUCUUUCAGGUUGUGAAUCAUGGCACCCCUCUCAGUGUUCUUGAGGAGAUAAAAAAUGGGGUGAAAAGGUUUUUUGAACAGGAUGCUGAAGUCAUCAAAGAAUUCUAUACACGGGAUAAAUUCAAAUCCUUUAUUUAUAACAGCAAUUUUGAUCUUUAUAGCUCACCAGCACUCAAUUGGAGGGACUCUUUUGCGUGUUACUUGGCUCCUGAUGCUCCCAAACCAGAACAUUUGCCUCUAGUAUGCAGAGAUAUACUACUGGAAUACGGGAAACACAUGAUGAAUCUGGGGACCUUGCUUUUGGAGUUGUUUUCAGAAGCUUUAGGUUUGGAUCCUGGCCAUUUGAAAGAUAUGGGUUGUACUGAAGGGCUUAUUGCUCUUUGCCACUAUUAUCCUGCUUGUCCUGAACCAGAAUUGACUGUGGGAACCACUAAGCAUUCUGACAAUGAUUUCCUCACAGUGCUUCUCCAGGACCAUAUUGGUGGCCUCCAAGUUCUUUAUCAGGAUCAAUGGAUUGAUGUAACCCCUGUGCCUGGGGCUCUAGUAGUUAAUGUUGGUGAUCUUUUGCAGCUGAUAACAAAUGAUAGAUUCAAGAGUGUUGAGCACCAAGUACUGGCAAAUCAUGUUGGUCCAAGAAUAUCUGUUGCAUGCUUUUUCAGCACAGAGAAACCACAAUUUCUGACUAUUCAGCCUACUACGAGAAGAAAGGAUUGGAUGGUACCACUGCUCUUACACAUUACAAGAUUUGAUAUAGACAGAAGGAAAAUGGGAACCAAUGCAACAAAUGAAAUGGCAGGAGCAAACAAACCAGACUUUAGUGAACGCAAAGCAUUUGAUGAAACAAAAGCUGGAGUUAAAGGGCUUGUUGAUGCAGGGGUUAAGAAGAUCCCAACCUUUUUCCAUCAUCAACAUGACAAAUUUGAGCAAGCCUCAAAUUCAGGUGAUCAUGUUGUUCCUGUCAUAGACCUUGCAAAUAUUGACAAAGAUCCAAGUCUGCGCCAAGAAGUUGUUAACCAGCUUAGGGAAGCAUCUGAAACAUGGGGUUUCUUUCAGAGUGUGAAUCAUGGCAUCCCUCUAAGUGUUCUUGAGGAGAUCAAAGAUGGGGUGCAAAGGUUUUAUGAGCAGGACACUGAAGUCACCAAAGAAUUUUAUACACGAGAAAGAUACAAAUCCUUUAUUUACAAUAGCAAUUUUGAUAUUUAUAGCUCACCAGCACUGAAUUGGAGGGAUACUUUUCUAUGUUACUUGGCUCCCGAUCCCCCCAAACCAGAAGAUUUGCCUCAAGUAUGCAGAGACAUACUAUUGGAAUAUGGGAAACACAUAAUGAAUCUUGGGACUUUGCUUUUUGAGUUGUUUUCAGAAGCUUUAGGUCUGAAUCCAAACCAUCUGAAAGAUAUGGGUUGUCUUGAGGGGCUUUAUGCUCUUUGCCACUAUUAUCCUGCUUGUCCUGAACCAGAAUUGACACUAGGAACCACCAAGCAUUCUGAUAAUGAUUUCCUCACAGUGCUUCUCCAGGACCAUAUUGGCGGCCUCCAAGUUCGUUAUCAAGACAAAUGGAUUGAUGUUACCCCUGUGCCUGGGGCUCUAGUAGUUAAUGUUGGUGAUUUUCUUCAGCUGAUAACAAAUGAUAGAUUCAAGAGUGUUGAGCACCAAGUACUAGCAAAUCAUGCUGGUCCAAGAAUAUCUGUUGCAUGUUUUUUCAGCACAGCUUUUAGGUUACCCUCUAAGCUCUAUGGACCUAUAAAGGAACUACUAUCAAAGGAUAAUCCUGCAAAAUACAGAGAAACUACAAUUGCUGAAUAUGUAGCCUACUACGUGAAAAAAGGAUUGGAUGGUACCUCUGCUCUUUCACAUUACAGGAUUUGAUAUAGGCAUGUUGAAGAAAAAAGUCUAUGUCAAAUAAAUAAUUCAGUGAACUUAUUUAUACCCAAAAGCAUAUUCGCAGGCAUUCACACUUCUUGGAAGGAGUGAAUUUAUCAAGUAUACAUAUUUGUGACAUUGAACUUGUAUUUCAAGGUAUGUUUAUAUUUCGUACAUGUUGUAGAUGUGUUAUAAAAAUCAUUCAAUUAUGACAGCA